UUUCAUUCAACCCCUCUCUUUUCUUUUUCUCUUUUUAUCUUAUCUUUUAAUACCCUAUUUUCUUUUCAAUUUUUUAAAGGUUCACAUGCUUUUUAUCUUUCUAUUGUUUUGUUGAUUCAAGUUGUUUUUUGUUGGAUUGCUUUGUAAAGACUAUGAACUUGUUAAUGAUUCCUAGACUCAUGCUUUUCAAAGAAAUUUGUUAACUUUCUUAUUAUUGGCAUGCCUUUAUUAUUGAAUAAAACCAAAAUUUUGGUGCUCCAAUUUCAUUUUAGACUCAUGCUUCUUUCUUAUUAUUGGCAUAUUAUGCAUUUGUUUGCAUAAAAGAAGCACCUGACUUUCGAUAGGGUAAUUUAGCUGUCGCUUAACACAGGAUGAUAAGUUGAUUCAAGAUUUGAAAAGAUUAACCAGUAUUUUUUUUAAUCUCUAUACCAAGUCCUUACAAGUAUCUUAUAGGAGCUUUUGCAUGGCACUUCAGAUGAUCUGAUUUCUAUGCUUUCUAGUCUGUUUACAGGAAGUAAUGUUUUUCUCUUCCAUACAUCUCUUUUUCAAUACAGAACCGUGAGUUCAUUUUCUGACCAUACACAUGCUUAGCACUAGCUGACUUGUCUUGUUUGUUUGUGCAUGUAUAAAUUUAACAUGUUCAUUAAUAGUUUGAUAUGUUUACAUCAUUUCAAAUUCUCAAAAUUCUUGCAGUUGCUUUGCAUAGUUUGGUUGCUAUUAAUAAUUGCAACAACAAUCUGAUAAGUAUAUGCCUCUUUGGGAAAUAGUUGUUGAUUGAGAAAAGGCUGUAGACUAAUCCUGAUUUUCAGAAAUUCAGAUCAGUGUAUUAUUUUUGCGACUCUAAGCAAGCCUUGAUCCAUAGUGGAAAACAAUGAAGAACUUAUGUGAGAAAGACUCUGGUCCUACCCAUUUAACAUAUUAUGCUCUUGGACGCACAUCAUGGGGAACUUCCUCUGAAUCUGAUGUGCAACAAUCAUCCAUGUCCAAAAGUUUGAGCUUGAAAAUAAGUGUUCUUCCGCAACAAUGCCAUAAGACCAAGCUGUUGAAUUUUCAGUAUCAAGAUCGAGAUUCAUCUUCAACUCAAUCAUCCGGCCAGUCUUAUCCAGAAGUUGGUUCAGCACAAUCAGGUCAAAUUUCAGUGCAGUGUAGCAAUUGUUCUGCUUGUUCAACACUUAACACAACUGGGGGAAAGAGUGUGGAAGGUGUCAUCAGCUCAACUGUGGGGAUUCAGGAUUAUACCUUCCCUCUUUCACAACUGUGUUACAACCAAUCACUUGCUCAUACUGCAUUCCACUUUGCCGAGCCGUGCUUUAUUGGCCUAGUAGCUGCUCCAUAUGCGCCACAGCCUAAUAUUAAUGAUGCUCAGCUAGUAGGAAUGAGUCCUGCUCGAAUUCCUCUGCCACCUGAUCUUAUUGAGGGGCCUAUGUAUGUGAAUGCAAAGCAGUACCAUGCUAUUCUGAGACGCAGGCAGUAUCGUGCAAAACUUGAAGCACAGAACAAACUCAUCAAAGAACGGAAACCAUAUCUUCACGAGUCCCGCCAUCUACAUGCACUGAAGAGAGCUAGAGGUUCCGGUGGACGCUUUUUGAAUGCCAAAAAGCUCACUUCAGCGAACCAUGGUGAUUCUAUAACAACAUGUUCUGAUGUCUUCCAGCAACAUGAGUCAGACUUUAGGUUAUGUGGUUACCCUUCUCGUAUUGGAAGAAGCGUGCAGGGUUACUCGGUGGAAAUCAACAUCAUCUAUCAGUCCUUAUGUGACAAACUUUUUUGGCACACUAGCAAGUGUUCCAUAGGGAAGUCAUCCUUGGCUCAUUUACAUUAUUAUGUCUGACUAAUAUGUUCAUGUUAGUUAAUUGUUUUGGAACAAAGAUAUAGACCUUUGCUAGAUUUCAAUUUUCCUAUAUUGUAUAUUUGGGCAAAGUAGCACAUUUAACUGACUAGUCACAAACAAUAUUUCUUUUUUUGUUGAUGUUACAUUGGAAAUUGUCUUUUUUGAGAACUAAGGUUUUGGUUGUGGUGUAUGUUUUUAUCUUUGCACACUGAUGCUGUAUUAAUCUUGAGAGAAGAUAGUGCCUUGGCUGCUGUUGUUGGUGUCUUUGCUAAAA